AUGCAAGCCGACUGCACGAUGACCAUCCAUAUUGAUACCUUCUCUGCCAAGGCCAGCUUCGAUUUCGAGGACAAUGAAUUGGCUACCAGCGGGCUGGAGUGUGCAGAAGUUGUCGAUACAGAUGAUGGUGAUGGGAGGCUCCGCGGCCAAUGGAACCCGAUUUUCAAGAAAACUUUGGUAGAUGUACACCACAAUCUCAGCUCGUUGAGGAACGUCAGUUGGCUACCUGGAGUUGGCGAUAUAUACAACGGUACGCCAGGAGGAGGCGGCGAGGGCAUUGCCAUUUCCCAUCCAUACGAGAGUAAGCACUGCCUUUCCCCAUGGCCAUCUUCCAGCUUGACACGGAGAGGAACUCCAAUGCUAGACAAAGGCCGUCAGCCUGGAGGUGCAAAAGACACUCGACGUAGUGCACUCCGACGGCACUGCGAUUUCUGGGAUGCCGACCAAGAUGGAGUGAUCUACCCUUGGGACAUAUUCAUAGGAUUCCGCAAACUCGGUUUCAACAUCGCCCUAUGCCUAUGGGCAGCGAUCACCAUGGCCGCAUGCUCGUCGUACAGCACACAGAAAUCCUUUCUCCCGCACCCUUUGUUCGCCAUCUAUCUCGAUAAUGUCACUCGCAAUCGGCAUGGAAGUACUACUGGCGCGUACGACUUGGACGCUGAACUGGACACACGGCGUUUCGAUGCAAUCUUCGAAAAGUACGCCAAGGGCGAGGACUACCUAACAUGGCGAACUAUGUACGAUGUGUGGGUGAGUUGCGGUUGUACAAAGUUCAUGCGAGACAUACACUGA